AAAUACAAAACACUCGAUAUAUAAAGGAUGUAUCGAGAUUUUACUAUUCAAUAUCAUGGAUAUAUAUCUCAAUGUAAAGCGUACUUCUAUUAUAUAUUCUGCUUAUAAGGUUAGGAUUCCACUCGCUUGCCGCGAUGAACAGAGCUAUCAUCACUAUCAACAUCUAUCAUCCAAGAUGUCAGCACCUUUUCUGGUAAAAUAUCACCAACUCGGUCAAUAAUGUUGAACAAAUUAUUGAACAAAGCUUGAGUCUCUUUCUACUUAUGGUGCUUAAUGCUUACCGAUGCAUUGUUCUUUCUCCUGUCAAUAACAACUCGGGUAUCUUUCUUUAUCCCUAGCUCGGACCGCAAACGGUCUCCUUUCACAGCUUGUUCGUGUUUUUUCUUUACGAUCUUGUCCCUGAAAGAAACCAAUUCAAUGUGAUCCAAGUGGAAAUUAUGCCAGAGUUACAGUUGUCGAAGCUUUUUCAUGGGUACGAUUUACGACUAGAAACCAUAUCAAACCUCUUCCAAGAUGAGUGGUGCUUCAAAUGAAUUUAAGGUCAUUGCGACCACAGAGUAUAAAGGCACCACGGUUGAGGUUGUCGACGGGAAUCUGUUAAAUUAUCCGGUAGAUGUCAUUGUUAAUGCUGCGAAUGCUAGUUUGGUGAGGGGAGGUGGUAUUGAUGGGCAGAUUCACAGAAAAGCUGGACCUCAACUGGCAGCGGAAAUGAAGACGCAAUUCCCACAUCCAGGGAAGGAGGGUGGCGCUUAUGGAACGACUCAUUCUUGGAAUAUAAAGUCAUGCCGAUAUAUUAUCCAUGCUGUUGGUCCGGAUUGGCGUCAACCAAACCAAAGAGACACAGGACUUCUUGCCAACGCUUAUCGCAAUAGUCUAAGCCUGGCAGCGAAAAAUAAUCUCAGAUCCAUUGCGUUUCCAGCUAUUUCGGUCGGAAUCUUUCAAAUGCCAAGGGGAAUGGCAGGGGUUACAGUAAUGAAAACUAUUAGAUCUUGGAUCGAUAGUCAUCAAGGGGAAAUGGAUCGCAUAAGUAUAUUGCUAUUCGAUCUUGGACAACCAGAGAUAGCCGAGAUGCAGUAUCCCAACCUCCAACUAUAUAUUCCAAACGACGGCCCGGAUAGGAGUAACGAACCGGCAGCAGCCUUCAGAUCACUACUUGGCGCUCCUAAAUUACCAGUUCCUCCCCCAGCUACGACAGUUGAUAUACCACCACCACAAUCGAAGCUUAUCAAAAAUCUACAGGGGUAUUCUGAUGACUUUGGGACUCCGGAUCCCCCUUCCGGCUUAUCAGUUUCACCAACACCUCCUCCGGGUACUACUAAUACUUCAUCCAUGCCGGGCACGACAGCUAGUGUUCCUAUUCCAGUCGCGGCAGCCAGCCUGCUACCCCCUGGACCACCCACCGGAUCAGCUGCUCCACCCGGACGUCCAUCCGAGUCUCCAUCCGACUCUAUGCGCGAGACUUCUCCCGAAUUUCCAAUAGGGUCUCCAACCGGGUCUCCAUCCAAGUCCCCCUCCAAAUCUCCACCCAGGUCUCCACCCAGGUCUCCCUCCGGGUCUCCGCCUGCACCCCCGCCGAGACCUGGAGGCGGACGUGGCGAAACCCCAAGCGAUUCAGAUGAAGAACCCCCCAGCUACCUCCUCAAAUUCUACGAGCCACUUUCUCACAUGUGGAUGGGGCGCGAUCGCUACUACGCCUUGCUGGAAGCCGGACUCGAUCCCGAAACCUUUUACGAAGGAAUGAUGAUACCAGACCCCGAGAAAGAUCCCAACACUGGAGCUCUCACCGGCGAAGAAAAAGUCGUGUUCGAUAAAUAUCACCAGGAAAGAAUUGAACGAGGAGAGGAAAUCAUGACACGUUUACACUUGCCAACAGUACAGAAGGAUAAGGACGCGAGGGAUAAAGACAAUAUCAUUCAUGCGGAACGUAGUCAGCAGAUAUUGACGGAAACUGCAAUAAGGACUGAGGCGAAGGUUGAAGUAUGGAAAGAAGGAGUUGAGAAGGAUGGGAUGGUGCACUGUACCACUCUGGAAAUAGGUGGAGAUCGAUGUCGUAUGCGUGGAUAUGCUGCACUCUGGCGCGACCACUUAUUUCCCGAUCGGUGCUUUCGGCAUCAAAAAGAUUGAAAUUCUGGUCGUAAGAAGUGAGGGAUGUGGUUGAGAGGAAGAGUUACGUUAUGAGAUUUGUAGUUAGAGGAGAGGGGGUUUCGUCGCAAGGUUGAAGGACUAUUU